GUAAUGAGUCAGGACUCAUGCCACCUAUCACCGACUAAACCAAAUAAACUUAUUGGAUAUUAUCCUGCUUAUAAACUUGAUAAUAUAAACCUGGGAAAAGAUUUUAAUAUCAGCUCAUCAAUUGAUUACUUAAACUACGUUGCAUUUGGUCCAAAUGACCUUGUUAAUAAUGGCAAAAAUAAUAAUAGUGGUGGUGACCCUUUGCUAUUUUAUAACAAUCAAUCUUCCAAAUUUAAUGAUCUGUUAAAUUAUAAGACAAAAAAUAAUCUACAAUUUAAG